AUGACUACAGCCGUGGAGACUGCUACUUCGCAAGGUCUGGCCUUGAGCGGGGCCGACACCGACAAAUUUCCAGACGGCUUGAAGACUUCUGGACAGCAUCCCCCAGUGUAUUCUUGGGUCCGUCCAUAUGCAGACUUCCCAAAAGUACAUACAGGCCCUACCGUCUGGAAAGCCGAAGAUUAUCGCAACAGUCCCGAGCUAUGGACACACCGAUUCAGCGAUAAUGAAAUCCAAGAAAUAAGCGCGGCCGCAGAUGAAUUUAUCGAGAUGGAAAUACCGUUGACUGGUAUCUCAAAGACCAAUUUCGCACUUCCAAAUCUCUCGCGACGUCUGGAGGAGCUGCGGAAAGACUUGAUCGACGGCAAAGGAUUCUACCUUUUUAAGGGUAUCCCAGCCCAGCAGUGGAGUCUCCAAAAGUGUGCGACUGCAUACAUGGGUCUUGGCACUUACCUUGGAUACUUUGUGAGCCAAAAUGGCCGUGGACACGUUCUUGGUCAUGUUAAGGAUCUGGGAGAAGACCCGACCAAGACUGACCGAGUUCGCAUUUACCGCACCAAUGCUCGUCAAUAUUUCCACACUGAUGGGUCCGAUAUCGUGGGACUUCUAUGCGUCGCCAAAUCCAUGUCUGGUGGCGAAUCAGACAUUGCAUCAACACACCAGGUCUUCAACGUUUUGCAAGAAAGACACCCCGAUGUUGUCCAGACACUCGUUGAGCCCAACUGGUACUUUGAUCGCAAGGGUGAGACAUCAGAGGGCGAGGAACAGUGGAUUCGGGGCAGUAUCUUCUACCUCGAGAACGAGCGUGCCGAGAAUCCCCGAGUCUAUGCGAGAUUCGACCCCAUGAAUGUGACUUCCCUGGCACGAUUCAACUCUGGCCCAAACGCUCAGAUCCCCCCUCUAUCUGAGAAGCAAAAGUACGCAAUGGAGGUGUUCGAGAAGACCUGCGCGGAGCUUUCACUUCAUAUGAUCCUGGCGCCAGGCGACAUCCAGUUCGUCAGCAACUCGCAUGUCUUCCACGCGCGAACUGCGUACACCGAUCACCCCGCAGGUGCCGUCGAUGAGAAUGGUAACCCUGCCCGUCGUCGACACUUGAUGCGCCUGUGGCUCUCUGCGCCUGAAUCCGAAUCUGGCUGGAAGCUUCCCUAUCAUGAUACCCUAGAAAAGAAGCGAGGAGGUAUUCAGGUCAAUGAUCAGCCACCUCAUUGUCCUUUGGAUGCGGAGUAA